AACGCACGUUUUAAAUUGAAACUAGAGUUCCUUUCGGCCAUUGCUGUUACUGAUAAAAUAAUAAUGCCUAAAAAGAAAUAAAUUAAUUUUCCGAUAGUAUUUUGUUUCAUAUUUUACUGGAACAUGUGCUAAAUUGUGAAAUCGUGCUAAUGACAUUGCGGGUUGCACGCUUGUCCGUUGUCGCAUAUAAAAAUUCUGUGAUAAUAUUUUGCUGUGCUUUCGAAUAAAACCAGUGUAAAAUUUUUUUGUUGGUUUUUGUUUAAUAUUUGGAGAUUUUAUUUCGAGUGACCUUAUAUAAAAACUCUCUAUGAUAGGUCCAUAUAUGAAGUGUCAACAUUUCUACCCCAAACAUUAUGAUUUACAAAUGGAUAUUAUGAUAAGAGUGAAGUGUUGCCAAGAAACUAAAAACCCAAAGUGACGAAGUGCCCUGUAGGUAGUCUGUUAGUGCUACGUUCCGUGCUCUUUUAAUAGAAAAUGUCUGAUAAAACGUCGUCGUCGGUGGGCCCGAGGAGCUUCGAGACUAUCUCGGAAGAAGACCUCGCCUCGCCGUGGGAGAAGCUGUUAGGAGAUGUAAAGCAUGCUGUUCCUUCUAUUGUGAAGACCAACGCGUCGAGUACUACCAUCGAAGAGGUGUCGGGGCACCCCCAAGUUUUGGACUUGGAGGCAAAUAAGCUGACAAGGUCCAAGAGCCUGAACCAGCGGAGAAACAGCAGCAACGGUCUUCUGAGCUCUAUCCCGCGGCAGCUGAGGCUGUCUCUCCGAGGUGUACGCAGCGAACCAUCUAGCGUGAAAGACGUUCCGACCACGAGGAAUGAUAGCUCCCUUAACCUUCUUCUUAGAUAUCGCCAAGCCCGUUACGCAGCUCGACGCGUGCGUAAGCGAGUAAUUUUCAAGCACGGAGAAUGUAACGUCGUUCAAUGGAACGUGGCCAAACGCAGGCGCCGAUACUUGCAGGACAUCUUCACUACCCUUGUGGACGCACAGUGGCGCUGGACGCUGCUCAUAUUCUCCCUCUCCUUCAUUCUCUCCUGGUUACUCUUCGCUCUCAUCUGGUGGCUCAUCAUCUUCACCCAUGGCGAUCUCAACCCCCCGCCGCCAAACACCACCGCUCCAAUUCCGUGCCUCAAUAACGUCAACACCUUUACUGGCUGUUUCCUCUUCUCCAUCGAGACCCAACACACAAUUGGUUAUGGCUCAAGAACCACUAAUGAGGAGUGUCCUGAAGCGAUCUUUGUUAUGUGCGUGCAAAGUAUUGUCGGUGUUUUCAUCCAAGCAUUUAUGGUGGGUCUAAUAUUUGCAAAGCUGGCGCGGGCCAAAAAGCGUAACACCACCCUCCUGUUUUCGAGGAAUGCGGUGAUCUGUUUGAGAGACGGGGAAUUUUGUCUACUAUUCCGAGUUGGAGACAUACGCAAGUCGCAUAUUCUCGAAGCCCACAUACGCGCUCAAAUUAUUCGUAAAAAGAUAACCAGGGAAGGCGAAGUGCUGCCGUUCUAUCAACAGGAGCUAAAGGUGGGAGCUGAUGGAGAGGAAGAUAGGUUGAUGUUCAUCUGGCCCAUGACAAUAGUGCAUAAGAUUAAUGAGAAGUCACCGCUAUACGGGUUAUCCGCUUCAGAUAUGUUGAAGGAAAGAUUUGAAAUAGUUGUUAUGCUAGAAGGAGUAAUCGAGUCGACGGGGAUGACGACGCAAGCUCGCAGUAGCUUCUUGCCAUCUGAGGUGCUAUGGGGACACCGCUUUGAGACCAUGGUGACCUUCAGAAAGGAUACUGGCGAAUAUGAGGUCGACUACACGCGAUUCAACAACACUUAUGAGGUCGAUACUCCUCUUUGCUCUGCUAAGCAACUUGAUGAGCUACGAGCUACUGUUUCUACUUCCCAGAAACUUGAUCGCAUGUUAGGCCUUCCGAAAACAUUCUCUAAUGAUACAUUAGACCUAAGUUCCGUGGACUCCAUGUCCUUAGAUGAGCACAUCGAAAUCAAGAUCCCUGAAGCUAGAGCAAGGGAAAACAGGCAAUUGGCACAAAACAACUUUGUACAACACAUUAAUGAAAAAUCUAGAAACGCAAGCCACACACAUUUGACGGUAGAAAACGCACAAGAACUACUUCCUAAGAAUCAUAUUGAAAAGAGUUUAGAAACAAAAGAAAGUCAUCAGGCUUAUCACGGCCAUCAUGGAAAGGAUCAUCACGGGAAAGAAGGACAUCACAUGCACAGAAGCAAUAGUCACGCGAAUAUGAAGAAAGCGCAUGGAUUGAUCCCCAACGGAGUUGGUCACAUCGUGAAUGGUCACCACCAUGAUUAUGAACAUAGUAAAAUUAAAAAAUCUCCAAGCGAAACGUUCAUCGAGGAGAAGUCGCCAGUGAUCCCCAUCCUGGUGACGUCUGCCGAUCCCGAGCCCGCCUGACGCCUUUUGCGAUGCUAUAACCUGUUGCUGGUACGUGAGUUCCAAAAACUCAAAGGGAGCCCAUGUUCACUUUCGAUUUGUAGAUUAGGUAAUACAAGCAGUGUACUAAAUGAUAGUGUGUCUUUGCAGCGUUAGAUGAACAAAAUUGUUGUUUUCUGAGACUCCGUAUUUCGUAGUCUGUGGCAUAAACUUUGGAGAAUUUUUCUGCUAAGCCGGUCUUAUUAGACCUCCGAAGUUCUUGAAUGUAUAGUGUAAAUGAUGGUGUGACACAAGUCUUCCAAAAUGGAUAAUUGGCCAAAUUUCGCACGCUAUGUGUAAUAAGGCCACAUCUGCAAAAUAACAACUUUUCAAGAGAGAGAGUUUUAAAAGUUUGUACGAACGAAAUUAGUCGUUAACUUUUUAUUCUUAAGUAUAGACAUAAAAUUUCACAUAUAC